CCAGUUUGCAAGACUUGCCGGGAGUUUCCACGCAGAACAGAAGUAUUGCGGCGCGUCUUCUGGGAUUAGAGGAGAUUCAGUUUCAUGCUGGUGUGAACAGAUCAGACCCUCUCCCACCUCAUCAUGUCAUCGCCAAGCAACCUGGAUGAUGAGGAUACCUUCAAGAUCCUGAUUGCCACAGAUAUUCACCUCGGUUACAUGGAGAAAGAUGCUAUUCGUGGGAAUGACACUUACAAUACACUAGAGGAGAUCCUGAAAUGUGCCCAGACGAAUCAGGUUGAUUUCAUCCUGCUGGGAGGGGACUUGUUCCAUGAGAACAAGCCGUCACGCCGCUGCCUCCACACUGGCAUCACUAUGCUAAGAAAAUACUGCAUGGGAGACUCCCCUAUUCUCUUCAACAUACUCAGCGACCAGGCGAUCAACUUCAACACCAGCAAGUUCCCCUGGGUUAACUAUCAGGAUGAAAACCUAAACAUCUCUAUUCCUGUAUUCAGCAUUCAUGGUAACCAUGAUGACCCGACUGGGGCUGAAGGUUUAUGUGCACUGGAUCUACUGGGCUCAUGUGGCCUUGUCAAUCACUUUGGUCAUUCCCAGUCAGUGGAGAAAAUUCAGAUCAGUCCCAUCCUCAUGCAGAAAGGCAGCACCAAACUAGCGUUAUAUGGCCUUGGCUCCAUCCCUGAUGAGCGCCUGUACAGGAUGUUUGUCAACAACCAGGUAACCAUGCUUCGGCCCAAAGAGGACCAAGACGAGUGGUUUAAUCUCUUCACCAUCCACCAGAACAGGAGCAAGCACGGUCCCACUAACUACAUCCCAGAGCAGUUUCUGGAUGACUUUAUCGACCUGGUGGUGUGGGGUCAUGAGCACGAGUGUUUGAUAGCACCAACCAGGAAUGAACAGCAGCUCUUCUACGUCACACAGCCUGGCAGCUCUGUAGCCACCUCCUUGUCCCCCGGAGAAGCCGCCAAGAAGCACAUAGGCCUCCUGAGGGUGAAGGGUCGUAAGAUGAACCUGCAGAAGAUCCCGCUACAGACGGUGCGUCAGUUCUUCAUCCAAGACCUGGUGCUGGCCGACUACCAAGACCUCUUCACACCGGAUACACCCCAGGUCACAAAGAAAGUGGAGGAUUUCUGCUAUGCCAAAGUCAUAGAGAUGAUAGAGGAAGCUGAAAGAGAAAGACUAGGGUGUGAUCUCACCCCAGAAAAACCACUGAUUCGCCUCAGGGUGGACUACAGCGGUGGUUUUGAGCCAUUCAACGUUUCUCGUUUCAGUCAGAAGUUUGUGGACCGUGUGGCUAACCCCAAAGACAUUAUUCACUUUGUCAGACGCCGUGAGCAAAAGGAGGACAUCAAAGAUGAGAUCAACAUUGACUAUGGCCAGGUGUUUAAAAACACUGCAGUUGAGGGCCUAAGAGUGGAAGACCUGGUUAAACAGUACUUUGAAGCAGCGGAACAGAAGGUACAGCUGUCCCUGCUGACCGAGCAGGGCAUGGGGAAGGCCAUCCAGGAAUUCGUGGACAAAGAUGAGAAAGAUGCCAUUGAGGAGCUGGUCAGUUACCAGCUGGAGAAGACACAGCGCCACCUCCAGGCCAGAGGAGUAACCACAGAACAGGAUAUAGAUGCAGAGAUCCUGCGUUUCAGAAACUCCAAAAAGAACACAACUGAGGAAGAUGAGGAAAUCAGAGAAGCUAUCAACAGAGCCAAAGCUCACCGUUUGGAGCGAGGCGAUAACCUUCAAGGCUUGGACAUGUCAGACGAGCUGGCUGACGUUGCUAUGGACUCUGACGAGGACCCCGCCCCUGUCGCUCCCCCAACACGUGGCCGAGGGCGGGGCAGGGGGAGGGGCAGCCGGGGGAGGGGAAGAGGUGCUGCUGCAUCGGAGCCAAAGCCAGCAAGCCAAAGCCGGCGGGGCCGUUCAGCUCCAGUUCAAAGCAGAAGCAUCAUGGACGCAUUCCAGGCUCCAUCUCAGAGACCAACUCGGACCGGAGCUGCCAAGUCCUACAUAGAUGAUGAAGCAUUCAUUGAUGACUCUGAUGAAGAUAUACCUGUGAUGAAAGCUCCCCAGCCUGCCCAAAAAGCAGCAGCAUCGUCCUUCACUAAGCGCAGCUCUCAGAGCCAAAGCCAGAGCCUGUCGUCUAGAGGAAUUGAAUUCGAUGACAGUGAUGAAGAGGAGGACCCAUUUAAAGGUGGCGGCAGGAAUACAAGGAGAUAGCCUUAACCACAUCAAGUAUAUAACAGCCGUUCCUGUUUUUGAUUGGCCGAAGAGCCGCAGAUGUUAACUGGCAAAGGAGCUGCUGCAGAAUUGUUCAUCAGAGGGCUCACAAGUGGAUGUUUUUGUCACUCAGCCGACUUUACGUUGAUGUUAGAUAAUUGCAUUGGUUCCAGCUGCUGUAGGUUAGGAUUAUACCUAUGCUGUUAUUCUGCAGUGCCUGUUUUAGUUAGGCAAAAAUACAGGACCCUCCAUCUGGGCCUUCCCUCCUGUGAUACAUGAGAGGUUGGGACGACUCGGGUUGUUUCACCUGCUGGCCGACACCAGAGCUCCCAGCUGGUGGAGCUCAGCUGCUAUGGCAACAUCAGCCAGUCUUGGGUUUUGUCACUGGCCUGUGUCAGACGCUCAUAUUUUCUGACAGGACUAAUAAAUGGCUCUUUCUUACACAUUA